CACACAAAAUUCAGAGAAGGCAGCCAUAAAGAUUCAGUCAUGGUGGCGUGGCAACAUGGUGCGCCGGACGUUACUGCACGCGGCACUCAGGGCCUGGGUCAUCCAGUGCUGGUGGAGGUCGAUGCAGGCCAAGAUGCUGGAGCAGAGACGGCGCCUGGCAUUAAGACUCUACACCUGCCAGGAGUGGGCAGUGGUGAAGGUGCAGGCACAGGUUCGAAUGUGGCAGGCCCGCAGACGGUUUCUCCAGGCACGCCACGCAGCCUGCAUCAUCCAGUCUCACUGGCGCUGGCAUACCAGCCAAACCCGGGGCCUGAUCCGGGGCCGCUAUGAGGUCAAAGCCAGCCGGCUGGAGCUUGACAUCGAAAUCCUCUUGACCUAGGGAGCUAGCAGAGCCAAGGAGACUGGAUCUCUCUUCCAAUAAAGACACUU